AUGGAGGAAGAACAUCAAUAUAUCGUUCUAUCAGAAUUUCCUAAAAUCACUACACAAUGUAAAACCCCUGGAAAAUCAUUAUACUUUCAUGUCACAAAUAAAAUUUCAUUUAUUCGAUGGGUGGGUUCAUUAAAACUUAUUACUUGUGUUGAAAAACCUAAUGGAAAUGAAAUCGAACAUAUACUAUUUUACCAUCAACUGAACCCAGCAAAAUUAAUUUCAAUAUUUGAUUUUUCUACUACAAUUAGAGAUCUCAUUGUGUUGACUUGUAGUAAUAAAAACAAGGAAGAUGAAAAAUAUCAAUUAGCAUUCAUCACUACACGUUCUCUUCAUCUUUUUCAUCCUAUUCCAAUUUCAAAAGUUAUUCAUCCUUCCUCUAAUUCAAUAGAAUUACCUGAUUCACCAACAUGUCUAACAGCACACCCAACUUACCCUUUACUUUUAGUUGGUUGUAUUGAUGGUAGAAUAUUAAUAAUUAAUCAUUCACUCCAAAUAGUAUCAGUAUUAAAAACACAUAACGCUCCUUUGAUUAAAGUGAUAUGCUCAAAAGAUGUCCCACACUCAUUUAUUUGUUGUGCUCGUGGUCCUUCGAUAGUAAAAAUGUAUUCUUUCUUGACAAAUCAAUUAUUAAAUUCAUUAGCUCUUCAUAUUUUUAUGACUGAUAUUUGUUGGAAUGGUAAUUGUGAAUCAUCUAUGAUAGUCUCUGAUUCUUUUGGAUAUAUAAGUGUUGUUGGUAGGCGUACAACACAACCAAAAUCAAAGAAACAAGCAACUUUUCAACGUGCAAAGUUACAUCGUUCAGGUUGUAAUGCGGUUGAUGGUAGGGAUGGUUUAGUAUUUUCUGGUGGAGACGAUGGAACUGCAGUAAUGUUUGAUAAGAGUCAGUUCCACUUAAAAAGAAAAAAAGAUGGAAUUAAACCCACACAUGUUCUUGUUAAAGUGGUUCAAAAAACUGAUGGAAGCACUGAGAUUCUUGAAGAUCUUGAAUUAGAACAAAAUAUGGAAAGUUAUGUGUUAACAGAUGACACUACAAGGAUUAUUGAUGUUAAAUUAAAUCCUGAAUAUUUCAUUAUUGCCAUUGCUGUAAGGAAAGGUGUAGUAGUGUUAAAACGAUAUAAAUCAAUGUGA